AUCCUCUCAUUUCUGAUUUUUCUUCUUUCUCUCUUCGCUUCAACAGCCAUUGAUGAACCCUGAAGAGGUUAUUCAACUCUUUGAUUCCUGCUGGUUCGAGAUGGAAAUCUUGAGGGAGAAACCAUCUUCUUUUAGAUCGCCUAGUUUUGAAGCAAACCCAGAUCGAGAAGAUCAAGAAAAUUCGUCGGAAACGGAGAUUACAGUGUUUACACGCAUGCCAAAAACCCAUACCAGGUCGAUGAGUGACCAGUUGAGCUCGAUUAUGUAUACUAGCUUUAGUAGCUCGGAUUCUUUGUCGCCGGACUCGGUCUUCUUCACUUCAAAGCUCCAUCCAGUUCUUUCCGGCAAGGAAAUGACCAUGGAUAUCGCGAAUAGUAGCCGUGAAAUCGAAGAAAUUACACGUAAGAAGAAGAUGGUUUCGACAAGGAAGAAGGGGACGAGCAAGAGUUUGUCGGAAUUGGAGUUCGAAGAGCUAAAAGGGUUUAUGGAUUUGGGCUUUGUUUUCACCGAGGAAGACAAUAAGGAUUCGAGAUUGGUCGAGAUUGUUCCUGGGUUGCAGAGACUAGGAAAGAAGAAAGACGAUGAAAUUAAACAGAGUGAUGAGGUUGAAGAAGCUGUAGUUUCCAGACCUUAUUUAUCAGAAGCAUGGGAAGUUAUGGACCGGAGAAGGAAGGAGAAGCCAUUGAUGAAUUGGAGAGUUCCUAACUCGAGCAAUGAGAUUGACAUCAAAGAUAAUCUCAGAUGGUGGGCACAUGCUGUUGCCUCCACUGUUAGAUGAGAAGAUUCAAUUAAUGCUUCAAAGUUUGGACAAUAAUUAUGGGUGGAAUCACUGCCCGAUCGAUUAAAAAAAAAAAAAGUGAUUCACGUCUUUUAAAAGGAAAAUUCUUCCACGGCAAUUUUGUUUUGUUUCCGGUUUAAAAUGUAGAUAAGUACUUCUAAUUAUGAAUUAUACAAUAAAUAGAUGUUUUAUCU